CUCCACUCCGGCAGCUCUGGCGUCAGCUUCUCACGCUGCUGCUGACCUACGACUGCUCUCACAAGCCGUCUCCUUCGCGGCAGCCUUCUCCUCUCCGACUCACUUCGUUCACCAUGGCCGACAGUGCAACCGUGGCAGAUCCCCCAGUGGGAGGAGUAGCCACCAUCGCAACUCCAAUCAACCUAAUCCUACUUUCACUGUUCAUGGUCCUCGCCUAUAUGCGAUUACGUCCCACCAAGACGGUUCCGACUCUGCCCACCGCCCCUCCGCCGACCGUCUUCAAAGUCUUUACUCCUCCUCAGCUUGAACCGUUCAACGGGAAAGAUGGAAAGCCAAUCUACUUCGCCGUGAAGGGCAAGGUGUUUGAUGUAUCAUCGGGACGGAACUUUUACGGUCCAGGUGGUCCAUACCAAAACUUUGCGGGUAGAGAUGCUUCGAGAGGUCUGGCCUGCGGUAGCUUCGAUCCCGAGAUGUUGACUGAAGAUUUGCAUGGACCGCUCGACAGGCUGGAGGAUCUGGGCGAGGAGGAGAUGGAGGCUCUCAGAGGAUGGGAGGAGAGGUUCAAUGAGAAGUAUCUCGUUGUCGGCAAGCUGGUGCCUGUGGGACAUCCGGAAGCCGAACCGGAUGAGUAGGUCAAGUCUGCUGUAAGCGCUGCCUCACGAUCAUGUACGAGCAUAAUGUCGACUCUAGCACUGCACAACCACGAAGUCACGAUAUCUGACACCACUUCUCUUCAACAAUUACCCAAGAUCCGACAUGAUCGGGUUUCAUUCACAUCGGCCUUUUUACUCCUGUGAUUGCAACGUCUCACUGCUUCAUGUGUGGCGAGCUUCACGCCGGCGAUAAGCUAAAGUGUAAUCCCACGAAUUGUUAUCACAACGCGUUGAGUCGCAAGUCCAACAUCUACAACACCUCCACGAUCUGUUCAUCUUCGUCCUCGUCCUCAAUCUCCUGCACUCUCCCCUCCUGUGCCAAAGCCAUCUUCCUCGCCUCCUCCGCCGGAUCCGGAUCUCCUUCCUCUCCUCUCUGCAGAACCUGCACCAGACGAUCCACACUCUCCCUGACAUUCUCAUCUUCCACCUUGGCGUGCAAUUCCCUGACGAUAGGAUACACUCGCACAUCCCGCAGCACCUUUCUCCCUUCUUUCGUCGUGGUCAGCAAAAGUAAUGUCUCGAGAUGAAUGCAGAUAAUGUCGUUUUGCGAUUCGCGUUCUU